UAAUAUCUCAGGCCACACCAUCCACAUUUUCAGAGCCAUGGACAGCUUCUUGGACGAUGUUGCUCAAGACGAAGAUGGGUUCCUCAAAACGGUCAUCCCUAUGUUGAGGAGGCCUCACCUAGCGCUGAAACAUUUCUUUAAACACAUCCGACACUACGCAAAGAGAGACAGGGAUUUACUAAUGGAGCGUUUGAAGCUUUAUGACAUUGACGAUUCUUGGACACCAGCUUCCGGUACAACCCCAAAUUUUGUUCAGGUCUAUGAUAUUCCACUUUCGACAGGAAAACCUGGUAAACCCUAUCUCAAUCAUGGGGUUGAAGAAAUCCCAGUACAGACAGAGCACACCAUUCGCAUUUACUUCGAAGUUGAAUCCGAGCGUCCAUAUCGUCUUGAUCAGCCUUUGUCGACUUCCAUAACAUCACAGUGGGGCCGACUCUUGGGGCCGACCCAACAGACAUACUGGGAGAUUGAAUCCUACCACUUUUCACUCAAACCUAUGCUAUCCGGUUUCACUUACGGUAUUUAUAUAGACUCUUUAGCAAUAACUGCUAGAACCAUUCGAAAAACUUUCAGAUGCAGGUUUCACUCAACAGGUGAUGAUCGAGUCCUAUGGCAUAUCAAGACCAAUAUUAUGGAACCAGAUAUACAUAUAUUAUUCGGUCUAGAACGCCUAAUACGAUAUGAUAUUGAAACGCCUAGCGAAAGAGAUGCUUGCGAACCUUGGAAUAAGUUCUGCGACAGACUGCGAGCCCUGAUGGAAAACCAUUCGAGUAUUUUCACGCAACUCGAUUCCCUAAAAGGCCGUAAACAAUUUCUCUUAUUACUGUAUAGCCAAGUCCUGGUAGAAGAUUACUGCCGACAAGUAUACCUCCUCCAAGAGUACGCCAGGAGAAAAGAAGCCUUGUCAGACCCCAGAAGGACCAAAUUGACAACCUCCAUGCUGAAGGAAAUUUCAAGAGAUUCAUGUCUCUAUGAAGAGGUCCAUGAGAUGCUUGAUAAGUUGUCUGGGGCUGUUGAUACUUUGGUCGAAGCCUUGAAACUACAAGUCAUGGAUACAGCAGAUUCCUGUGAAUUACAGAGUCUCGCCGUCGAUCUAAAGUCAACCUGUACGGACCUAAGAAGAAUCACAGAUACUUUUUUGGUUACUCUCGAGCGCCGCCUCAGAUUGUUCGAACUCUUACGAGGAAUGCACGAAGCCCAGAAGGUCCGGUAUCUGGGUAUCUUAGCAAGUAUCUUCUUGCCACUCUCGCUUGCCAGCGGCCUACUCAGCAUGCAGACUCGAUUCGCAGACCUUGGUUACUUGAUUUACGACUUUUUUGGCGUUCUUGUGUUGAUCGGCUCAAUUGUUAUAAUUCUUCUGCUCAUGUUAAAGUUUUAUGUACGGGGUAAAGAGCUAUGGAUGCAAUUCAAUCGAGAUUUUGACUUCAGAUGGUUUCUUGGGUCAGCAGGAUUCGUAAUGCGCGUAUUUGUUAUCGUUGCAACAUGGGCAGUCCUACUUUCCUCAUUCUCCAUCGGUAUGCUCAAAAACACUGAACUAGGCCUGAAGAUCCUAGGAUAUGGUGUUGCCACGGUUGUAGGGAUCGGUCCCGCUUUCUUGCUUCUUCACUUUUUGAUCUCACUUCUCUGUAGGUAUAGUUUGCAAGCAGGAGCUUGGGUGAUUCUCCAUGUAGCGAAAUAGUCAUUACAAUAGAGGAACCAAAAAACAGGCGAUCGCAUUUCUCUUAUUGUUUAUAGAACCCUACGAUUAGGAAAUCAACAUGAAUUCCUCAGUUCCAAACCUAGCACGUCCCUAACAUCGAAAACAUUCAAAUAAGCAAAUAGCCGAGAAAUGUUGUGUUCUAGAAUUAUCCUACAAUUCUUGGUUCUCGGUGAAAUCCAGCAAUGAUGCCUUAGCUAGAAUAUACAAGGAGCAAGACAUAAUGUCGCGUCUCCGAGGAACCUCAUCGUAAUACACACAUUUCCCAAAAAGCCUAGCACAUACAUACACCCAGAUCGCUGCCAACAACGUGGAAUUCACCAGCAAGAUAAUCCCCCAACUUCCCCGAUCCGAAUCUCGGUUCGGCGCGAUGACUCGCCACCCAGCCGACGCGAGCCUGCACCGCCAUCACCAACGUCAUCACCACACGACAAGCACUUCCGCACAUGUUUCCCGUCCCUUCGCAUGAUCGGCCCCCAUCGAUCUUCCCUCUCU